AUGGCGCCAUCACAGAGGCCAGCUAAGAAGAUGGUGUCGAGAUGCAAUCCGGAGACUGAGCGGGGCACACUCGUGUUCGACAUCGCCGGCUACAGCCUGCUUAAGGGCUUGGGUGACGGCAAGUUUAUCCGCUCCGCCUCGUUCGCAGUCGGCGGCCACGACUGGUGCAUCCGGUACUACCCUAACGGAGAUUGGAGUGAAGAUUGCAAAGGGUACGUCUCCAUCUACCUCGAACUGAUGAGCAAAACCACGGGGACUGGGGUAAUGGCGUGCUUCGACUUGAGGUUGCUCAACCAAGCCACUGGAGAUUCCAAGGUUUUAAAAAAUCAGGUGAUAACAAGGAUGUUCGAGGGUGUACACUUGGUCUGGGGAACUAAAAUUUUUAUGAAGACCUGCGAGCUGGAGACGUCACCGUAUCUGAAGGAUGACCGCAUUGUAAUCGAGUGCGACAUUGCUGUUGUCGUGGGGACGCUAGUGCAUGCAUCGGAGACAGUGUGUGAAAUCUAUGUUCCACCCUCAGACUUAAUGGAUGAUCUUAGGAAAUUGCUGGAGGCGGAGAAGAGGACGGACAUCACAUUCAAGGUCGAAGAAGAGGUUUUUCAAGCCCACAAGUUUGUUCUCGCAAUGCGAUCACCUGUCUUCGAGGCAGAGCUUUACGGACCAAUGGCAGAUAAGCGAAGGCAGAUAAUGAUUGAGGAUAUGCAGCCUGCUGUUUUUAAAGCACUGCUUCACUUCAUCUACACAGAUUCAUUGCCAGCAAUGGAUGAUCUUAAUGAGAAUGAGAAGGAAGAAAUGGUCAAGCAUUUACUUGUUGCUGCAGACAAGUAUGCCAUGGAAAGAAUGAAGUUGAUGUGCGAGAGCAUCAUUUGCAAGCGACUUCAUGUUGACAGUGUGGCUACCACUUUAGCUCCAGCUGACCAGCAUAAUUGCAACAAGCUCAAAGAUGCUUGCAUUGGAUUUAUCAGUUCUAAGAAGAAAGAUGAUGUGAUGGCAAGCAAAGGUUAUGAGCACCUCAAGAGAGUAUGCCCUACUAUCUUUAUGGAUAUAUGGGAGAACGCACCGAAGUCUCAGAAAAUCUAA